GGAAGAUAACCGAGCCACAUCCUCCAGGGAAAGGAGAUUGCCUCGAGGCCUUGGCCGCCCCACGCCUCAUGGAUUGAGCUCCCAUGCUCUUACCUAGGGGCACCCAAAUUCGGCCCAACUUCUUCGUUGCCGGUUUUUAUGGCUUCCACACUCCCUGACCAGGGCCUGCUGGUAAAGACCAGCGGAGGGGUUCUGUUAGCCCUGUCUUUCAAGGAUGGUGUAUGUUUCAGAAGCAUGAGCCUUCCCUCAUUAGUGAGCUAGAUGGGGUGCCGUAUCCCAACAGACUAUGCUGGGGAUCCGGCCCUCUGGGGCUAUCCGUCUCCCUGGACUCUAUUUGUGCAUGGUACAGUCAGGCACAGACAGUGAGAUGCUAGGCACUCCAUACCUGGAGGGUUAAUAUCUAAUGUAAGACAGAAGAAAAAAAUGUCAUUCCGAAAAGUAAACAUUGUCAUCUGGGUCCUGGCUGCUGUUCUCUUCUUACUGGUUUUGCACUAUAACUUCCUCAGCUUGAGUAGUUUGCUAAGGAAUGAAGUUUCAGAUUCAGGAAUUCUGGGGCUUCAGCCUAUAGAUUUUGUGGCAAAUGUUCAUCAACAUCCAGUAAAUGGGAGACAAGAGGAGAUCCCUGUGGUUAUUGCUGCCUCUGAAGACAGGCUGGGUGGCACCAUUGCAGCCGUAAAUAGCAUUCAACAUAACACUCGCUCCAAUGUGAUUUUUUACCUUGUUACGCUCAACAAUACAGCAGACCAUCUCCGGUCCUGGCUUAACAGUGAUUCCCUGAAAAGCAUCAGGUACAAAAUUGUAAAUUUUGACACAAAACUUCUGGAAGGGAAAGUAAAGGAGGAUCCUGACCAGGGGGAGUCCAUGAAACCAUUAACCUUUGCAAGGUUCUACUUGCCAGUUCUGGUUCCCAGUGCAAAGAAGGCCAUAUACAUGGAUGAUGAUGUCAUUGUACAAGGUGAUAUUCUUGCCUUGUACAACACACCACUGAAGCCAGGGCAUGCUGCUGCAUUUUCAGAAGAUUGUGAUUCAGCCUCUACUAAAGUUGUCAUUCGUGGAGCAGGGAACCAGUACAAUUACAUUGGCUAUCUUGACUAUAAAAAGGAGAGAAUUCGUAAGCUUUCUAUGAAAGCUAGCACCUGCUCCUUCAAUCCUGGAGUUUUUGUUGCAAACUUGACCGAAUGGAAAAGACAGAAUGUAACCAACCAGCUGGAAAAAUGGAUGAAACUCAAUGUAGAAGAGGGACUGUACAGUAGAACGCUGGCGGGCAGCAUCACCACGCCUCCUCUGCUUAUUGUAUUUUAUCAACAGCAUUCCACCAUUGACCCUAUGUGGAAUGUCCGCCACCUUGGUUCCAGUGCUGGAAAACGGUAUUCACCCCAGUUUGUAAAGGCUGCCAAGUUACUUCAUUGGAACGGUCACUACAAGCCUUGGGGAAGAACUGCUUCAUAUGCUGAUGUUUGGGAAAAAUGGUAUAUUCCAGACCCAACAGGCAAAUUCAGUCUAAUCCGAAGACAUAUGGACACCUCAAAUAUAAAGUGAACUACAACUUAAGCUAAAUGCCAUCACUCAGGAAAUCCUGGAAGACACAGUAUGUGUGAAGUUGUAAGGCUCAAGUCUCUCUGUAGCAACCAGAGGACUACAGAUGUCUCCAUCUGCCUUACCAAAUGUUUGCUUACUAUACUGCUGAUCUGAAGGACAAACCGAUGGAGACACCGUAACUAGUUCAUCUAGCAGCUGCUGUAGCUGGGAAGUGCUGUUUUGUUUUAAUUUUGUAACCUGUGGCCUGGUUUGUAAAAUAAAACUUACAUUUUCCAACA